AUGCCGACACCAUCCAUCCCAUCAAACGAUGAGCACGGGAACUGGAAUCCGGAUGACAUGACAAGCCAGGCGUCCAGCGAAGUCAUCAAAAGCAUCCUGAUAGAUGUUCCGGCGGCCGGUGGCGAAACUGAUGGUUUGGCUGUGCUUCGGGCUCAAUUCCAGUCAGAGGUUCAGGCCAUUCUGGCGCGGUUGCAGGCAGUGGAGACACAUCUGGGAAUGUCAGCAGCACCUCCGACGGACAGGAAUAAUCUCUAUCAUGAGGAGGAUACCCGCAGCACCGUGAAGAAAACCUGGGUGCAGAUGCCGCAUGACGCGACCAUUGACAACGACAUGCUCACCCAGACAUCCAGGCUGGAGGAGAAGUCGACGCCGGUCCGUUUUGAAGAGAGCGCAUGGAGCAUUCCGAUGGUCAUUGGCUUGGCCGACGUCGGAUGGUUUGAUGCGAUCUGUUCGCUUCUGCUGGUACUGCUCAACUUCACCAUGCAAGUUGCUUUCUCAGGCGUCCUGCUCUCCGACAGCUUCAUGGGCGACAGCUUUGACACGAAGGUGGGCAGUGCAAAGACCUGGCGGACGAGAGUGGCUCACGACGAUGCCUACCUCGACCUCGGAGGUACAAGCCUGGUGUCACGCGUUUGCGCCGGAGACGGCGCCCUGAUCCUGUCGACGCAGCAGGCGACCCUGAUCGAGGAGAUCAACAAGUUCCUGGCAUUGGGAAAGGACGAUUUGGAGCCUCCGGUCUUUCAGAUUGGAGUAAUGCUUUGCGUGCUGUGUAUUCUUCUCUGGAGCCUCUGCGUGUACAAGGAGAUACGCCGAGUAUGGCUAUCCUUAGAGGCGACAUUGCAGAUUCCGAAGGCACGCAGAACUGUCUUGAAGAAUCAUAUGAUCACUAGCAUCUCUUGGGGCCGGUACUCGAUGCUUCUCGUGACUUACCUGGCAAGAGCAUCUAUUGCUUCGGUCUUACUAGUGGCUGGAAUUCUCUGGCUGGCGCGGACAACUUCGAUUGAGGAGCUGAUGCUGAAUGCGGUCGCCUUGAACGCCAUUUUGGACGUUGACGAGUUCCUGUUUGCCGGCAUGACACCCAUUAAGAUCCAGCAUGCUGUGCAGAGCUUGGAACCCAUACAGGUCCGGUACAGCCGUCGCCGCAGCCAGUGGGAGACUCUGGUGCAUGUGAGCCUGAUCCUGAUGACAGUGCUUUUGUCAUACACACUGUUGCUGGUUCCUUUGUCUAACACCAUGCAGACGGUGAAAAAUGAGCUCUGCGGUGGCAAUCAGACCUUUGUGGUCGCGUACAACCGGGAGACGCAAGAAAUCAUCGGCUUGAGAACAAUGCCGUCAGUUGAAGAAGAGCAAAGCAAUCUGUCUGCAAUCGAGCUGGCUGUUAGAUCUCACAUCGGCAACUCACCAGAGACUACUCCUGGUGCGGUUCCGGACUACAUCACCUUCUCAGUGAAUCGAAGAGUUUUCGGAGCAGACCGCGAGCGUUCCAUGCUUGAAAAAGCUAGACAGUUCCCACUUUGCAUGCAAACAUUGGUGCUCAAUGAGGGCGCCCUUUUGCACAACGAUCUGGCGCUUCGGCCACUGGUUGACAUUCUGUUGAGGCAGGCGGGUCUGGUUCUCGGCCGGGAGAUGGUUUCAAGCUGCCAGGAGCUCAGUGACUUCUGCAACCACGCCGAUGCGGGCUUGCUGCGUCUCGUUUGUGGCGAGACCUGUGGUUGCACCGAUCCGGUCUCGAACCCAUGGUACAAAGUCGAGGCACAGGGCUGCAGUACUUCGUGCCUUAUUGAGGCGAACUGGGAAGGCAGGGACAUCCCUUGCGUGGACAGCGAGGCGAACCGCAGCUGGGAUAUGUUUUGGAAUUCGUAUCCGGAUGCUGUGUCGGCUUUCUAUGGGCAGCCGAUACAACAGUCCGUCCUGUGGCCAGAUCUGAACAGGACCAUGCAAGGAAUGUUGUCUCAAGGCUGUUCGUACCUGAGCAUCGCUCCGUUUGAUUCGCCGACCAGUGCUCAUUUCUGUGAGGGCCUGACGACUUUGUUCAAGCCCUUGACCACGAUCUGCCCGGUCACCUGGCUUGGCCCCACGCUGAUGGCCAAAAGAAGCGAAAUCGGUCCUCGCCCGUGGCCAGCAGACGAUCGAGCGGGCGCCAAGCGGCCUCGGAUGGACCGCCUCGGACAUGCGUGCCUCUUCGAUCGUGUGUCUCAGAAGGUCUUUGGACUGGUUGCGGUUGAAACAACGGGAGACCAGCCGUACUUGAUCAACGCCUUGGCAAAUUCUGCCCUCGACUUGACGCCCGUGCCGGAGGAGUUGGAGGCGCCAGAGCAGCCGUCCGAAAUCGAGGUCGUCGAUGUCGCGCCCUCUCGCGCGCAGCUGGUGCGAGGAACCGCUGCCGGGCUGGCUUUGGCCAAUUUGGGCGCGGCAGAGGCGGCAGUGGCUCCGGAGUGGGUGCAGUACGACCUGAACACCGGCGAGACGCUUUAUGACGUGGACUUCGACGAGAACGACCCGAACCACGGAUUCAUCGUGGGGGCCCGUGCUCUCUUCUACGAGACAAGGGAUGGCGGACAGCGAUGGGUCUCGCGCUCCUUCGCCAACCUGGGCAAAGGUGAAGACAUCAGCUACCGCUUUCAGACUGUUUCGCUCAAUGGCGACGAAGUGUGGAUUGUCGGCAAGCCACCCCUUCUGCUCCACUCCAAAGACAGCGGCAAGAGCUGGAAGAAGGUGCCCAUCUCAAAGAAGCUCCCUGGCGAGCCAAAGGUCAUCGUUGCCCUGGGACCGGGCAAAGCAGAGAUGGCAACCUCCAGUGGAGCUAUUUAUGUGACCGAGAACGAUGGCAAGAAUUGGAAGUCGCAAGUGUCUGAGACCAUCGACGCAACCCUGAACCGCGUCUCCCAGAGCGGUGUUUCCGGUGGAAGCUACUUCACCGGCAGUGUCAAGUCCAUCAAGCGAAACUCCAAGGGCGAGUACCUGGCCAUUGCACAGCGCGGAAACUUCUACUUGAGCUUCGUUCCUGGAGACACCCGCUGGGUGCCGCACAAUCGUAUCUCUGCCAGACGUAUCCAGGGCAUGGGCUUCAGAGAGACUGCCAACGGCGAGCAGUUGGACGGCGCUUGGAUGAGCCUGAACGGUGGUGUGGUCACGGUCUGCGACAAGAACACGUUCACGGAUCUAGCCUCCGACACGAAGGAGCUGUUCCAGCUCGCAAAGAUCCGCUCAGGUGGUAUUGGCAUCAUCGAUGUUGGAUACCGCACGCCGAACGAGUGUUGGGCAACAGGAGGCAGCGGCGUGCAACUCGACUGCUUUUUGAAAAUUGGGCACGGAGGAUUCGUGGUUUCACGCUCGGGGCUGGCUAAUAUUGGGGUCUUAAUAGUUACCUAUAUUGGGUUCCGUAUGGUUACUAUAGUAUAA